AUGUCUAACAGUAAAAGAUUGUAUGCCGAGGUCAUGAAAGGAGAGUGCAAAAUUGGCGGUUUGUUUAACUGGAUGGCAGCAUACCAGGAGGAAGACGAGAAUUUGGCCUUAGAGAAGGCCAUAUCGUUAAGCAAGGUAUAUAUGUUAUAUUUAUGAAAUACUUGUAGUUAUAAUAGUUAUUUACAUCUGUUAAACAUCAUUUAACAAGCAGCAAAGGUUCUACUCACUACCUAAAUGAUACAAACAGAUUCGACUUUUCGAGCAAAGUCCCUUCGUCAGGAAUUAGUGUGGCCACAUACACUGGCUGCAUAGUGAAAUUUACAUCUGUUAUACUACAAAGCUUAUUGGAGACUGUUCUAACCUGAGUAUCAGGCCCUACUUUUAGGGCACAGGCACGCCUGAUCGUGGGCGAAGGGGAGAAAAGUACGGCCUGACACAAAAGUGGCAUUUUGCCUGGUUGUUCAGUCCAGAAUCUGGACUGAGCGCUGAUUGGCCGAUUUGACAAACGAUUUUUAAAUCUGUCAUUUGAUUGGCUGGUGCUAAUUAGAUUAUACUAUUGUUGUUGAUAUAUUUUAUAACGAUCACAACUACAAUUAUAGCCGGCCCACUAAACGGCUGAAUUUAAAUUAAAACUGCAGUAAAGUUAGAAAAUAAUCGCAAAUUAGCGAAAUAUAUUGCAAAUGUAGCUUAUAUUAAAUCGCCAUCAGAUUGCACUAUCGACUGACGUAUAGUUAUAAAGUAUACUUAAUAUAUAUAUACUUUAUAUAUAUAUACGUCACUGUUUGUUGAUAAAUACGGCAAGCGCCAUGUAAAGCUCAUUGUAGUCACUGAAACCUCUGCGGAGGAGAGAGCAAUCGGGUGGCGAUUUAAUAUAAGCUACAUUUGCAAUAUAUUUAGCUAAUUUGUGAUUUUAUAAGUUCAUUGCAGUUUUAAUUUAAAUUAAGCCGUUUAGUGGGCUGCCUAUGCUAUAAUUAGAUUGUUGUUGUCGUUGUGUGAAAUUUAAAUUUCUCCUGCGACAUUUUGAUUGGAUACUAAAUAUAAACUUUGCUGUGGGCGGAAAGCGAUCAGGUUAAGUUUUGUGUCAGGCUCUAUUUGUAAAAUAGAGCCUGAUACUCAGGUUAAGACUGUUCAUAUGGAGCCAGGCUGGCCCGCUAAGCGAGACGUGCUGCCCGGUAGGCGGGAGGAAUUUUUGUUUGCAUUUAUAUGCGCCGGAGAUUUUAUCCCCGUGGCCGGGAUAUAAAUUGUUUAUAAAUUGGUUAUAGUUGUUCACAUAUUAGGAUAGAUUUCCAUAUUAAUUUUUUGCUUUGAAACUUCAUAUUUAUUAACAUUACAGCUAUUGAAGUCUUUACAAUCCCACUGGGCAAGCUGGCUAGCCUGCUGUGACCAGAUUUAUAUGGGAGCAUAACACAUUUUAAUUCCGUUUGGUGCGAGAUCUCGUCAAGCAGGCCAACCCAUUUGUCCACAUAAAAUGCAUGAAAUGUUUUACUAUAAAUUCUACCAUACGGUGUGAUCUCAUAAGCGGGUUGUUUCCCGAAAGCCCCACACAGACGAGCAAUAAAACUUGUGAAGGAAAAAUUGCUUGUCUGUGCGGGGCUUUAAACAGUAUAAAAAGUCAUUUGGGCUAGAUUAUAGAAUACCUAUCCACUUUUGAAACUGUUAUACUUGUUGUCAUGAUACGAUGGAAAACGAAGUCGAUAAUAAAGUGGAGUAUUUGAAAAAGCCUGGGUAUUUUUUGGUGAUACAAUGAUAUGAAGUGCAAAUAUAAUUACAUAGUUUUAUUCUGACUUCCUAUCAUCGAAUCAUGAAAAAAUAAAUCUUAACCAGGCUUUUUCAAGUAACAAUUUCAAAACUGGAUGGGUAUUCUAUAAUCGCUCCAAGAAAUGAUUAUUUUUACUGAAUAGUCUUGUUGUUUCAAUUUUUGCACGUCAUCGAUAUAGGCGAUUGAUGUGGUAGAUCUAACCAUCUCACCAGCAAAAGAUGAGCCAGUCGAUAAAACGGUUAUUAUUCAUAGUUCCGUAAGUGUGAUAUUGUUGUUGUAUUCUAAUUUUUACAAUUCUAAUCAGACUAUUAGCAAUAUUUUUAUCAGUGAAGGUGAUGAUUGAUAAUUUUACAUAAUUUAGGAUGAUAGCACAACUACAGAUGCAAGUCCAUCCACAUUACAUAAUCUUGAACUGGAUGUUAAACUGUCAAGAAAAGUAAGAACUUUAAUUGAAUUAUUGAAAAAUUUAUUUCACUUUUCUCGUCAGUGAAAAUUCUCCUUUGUCGCAUGCCUUGCAUUUAACGAGUGUGACUACUUGUCGUAUAUUGUGAGUAAAUAUUUAGUCGUGUAUAUGCAAAAAGACUGUGUCUUUCACUUGUAAUUUAUAUCACCAUUCUUUUCAGUUAUACUGUUUGCUUUCUGCUGUUAGCAACGCUGUAAUCUGUAAGCUAGUGUACCCGCACUGGAAAAAUUAAUUAUUUUAUCAUCCAGUGCGCUGGCUUUUAUGUAAGCAGUUCAGUUUUGCGUUAUGAAUGUUAUGCCGUUUCUGUUUUUGCACCCUGAAUUGCCAAACUGGCAUCUAUAUUCCUUUCUGUGAGUGUGCGGUCGGAAUUUGUAUAUAAAUAGUCCAUAACGAUGCAUAAUAUUUCUAUAAAAGACUUUUCCACGGCAAGAGAAGGGGAAAAGUAAAACGUUAUCAAGGUACUUAAUGUGUGUUACUGAACUCACUUAUGGUCACUUAUGCACUCUGGUCACUCUUUCACUCAAAUUACUCCAAACCGUACCUUUAUUGCUUUACGUGUUAUGCGACGAGAUAAAAUCGCCAACCAUAGUAUUCCACUAAAGCAUAGAUGAACAAGGUGGCAUAACACAAUUUAGGAAUGCUGCCUGCCAUGCCAGGAAUGUGCGACAAAUUAAACACAUUAAUAGGGCCACACAGGAUCAUCAGCCCAAUGACCAGAUGUUGGAGUUGAUAGAAAUGCACAAAGAAGGCGCGAGGGAUGCUAACAAAGCAUUUGUCCGAAAAGUGGAAAUAUCGUCUGACCCUCGCGUAAUACUGACAACGGAUCAUCAACUCAAUGAUGUCACUAGAUUUUGUUCAAAUCCAGUGAAAUUUUGUGUUUUAGGCGUCGACCCAACUUUCAACUUUGGGAAAUACUAUGUGACGGUUACUACUUACCACCAUCUUUUGCUUCGCAUUAAAGAGGGUUCUCAUCCAGUCCGAAUCGGACCAGUUAUGAUACACAACAAGAAGGAGGCCUCUAGCUAUCACAAAUUGUCAGCAACAAUGAUAAAGCUAAAGCCCGAAAUAAGAAAAAAGUCUUGUUUACGGCACAGACGGGGAAAAAGCUCUAUGGGAUGGAUUUGGAUGGACUCUCACCAACGCACAGCACUUGUUUUGCGACCUUCACAUGAAGGAAAAUAUUUCUGCAAAAUUGCAAGAACUUGGGAUUCGAGGAGAAACAGCUGAAACAUUCAUGAAUGAUAUAUUUGGUAAAACAGCUGGUGCUGAGAGAAUUCCUGGCCUGAUCGACGAAGUAACCAGUGAUGCCUUAGACACUGCAAUGAAUAAUCUCAAGGCAAAGUGGAUAUCUCUCCACAAUCAAGGUCAGAAAUUUGUUGCUUAUUUCCUGAAGCACAAGUUGGAACUUGUGAGAAAAACUAUGAUAGCUGACAUCUGCGCUAUGUCUGGACUUGGAUGGCCACCUGUGAUGUACAACCAAAACCCAAACGAGUGCAUGAAUUCAAUUCUCAAGAGAGAAAAGGAAGGAACGAGAAAGAAAGAUUUAUCAAUUCCAGAAUUCCCCAGGUUGUUGGAACGGGUCGUUAAACAACAACGGAAUGAUGAAGAGCUCGCGCUGAUUGGCAUUGGCGACCAAUUACAUCUCAACCCUGAAUACAAAAGCUACAGAAUGGAGGAAACCGUGUUCUACCAGAAAUCUCGAGAGCAACAAGACACUUUUCUGAAAAAGUUCCACCAUGCCAAAAUCAACAUUAAUAAGGAACUUUUAUAUUUAAAUUUUUAUAUCUAA